GACAUUUACUGACCAGCUUCCAGUCGGUCAGUCAGCGGUGACUGGUUCUGUCUGACUGUUUCCCACUAUAGAAAAGUAGAGGACUGAGGACAGAGAAGGACUGAGGCCAAACUGGACCAACAAUGCGGUUGGACAACAUGGUGAAGAUGCGACUCCGGAGGGCGGCAGAAGAAGAGGAACCCCGCCCACCUGCCCCACCCCCAUCCCAUCACUCCAACCACCAGUUUACCAGCAUGAAGAACAAGUUCUUCAACGAGCUCACACACCUGCCAAAUCAUAAACUCAAGAUGCCCAUGUGGGCUGUGGGAGCCAUUGUCGUUGUGGUUCUGGCUCUCGUCGCUUGUCUGGGAUUUUGCAUCUACAGAAAAUGUUUCAACAAGGGCAAAAAGGCCAAGAAGGCCCGUGAAAGGACAGGAGGAGGACGGGGCCGCAGAAAAAAGGAGAAGGAUGGAGAGGAAACAGAGGAGAAAAAGGACGGAGAAGAAGGGAAGGAGGAGGAGGAGAAGGAGAACUUUGGAAAACUGGAGUACACAUUGGACUACAACUUCACUGAUAAUCAGCUGAUAGUGGGCAUCCUCCAAGCUCAGGACCUUGCAGCUAUGGACAUGGGUGGGACCUCGGACCCUUACGUCAAAGUGUACAUGCUGCCAGACAAGAAAAAAAAGUUUGAGACCAAAGUCCAGCGAAAGAACCUGUGUCCUGUCUUCAAUGAGACUUUCACCUUUAAGAUACCUUAUAACGAGUUGGGUGGACAGACAUUGGUACUGCAAGUUUUUGACUUUGAUCGUUUCGGUAAACAUGAUGUAAUUGGUGAAAUAAAGAUUCCAAUGAACACUAUAGACCUUGGACAACCAAUACAUGAGUGGAAAGAUCUAGUCGGGGGAGAAAAAGAGGAGCAAGAAAAGCUGGGUGAUGUCUGCAUUUCCCUCCGUUAUGUCCCCACCGCUGGUAAACUAACAGUUAACAUCAUGGAAGCCAAGAAUCUGAAGAAGAUGGAUGUUGGAGGACUCUCAGAUCCUUUUGUCAAGGUGGUGCUGCAGCACAACGGCAAGAGAAUCAAGAAAAAGAAGACGUCAGUCAAGCAAAAUACUCUAAAUCCUUACUUCAAUGAGAGUUUCAGCUUUGAGAUACCGUUCUCACAGAUCCAGAAAGUCCAGUUGCUGAUCACCGUGUACGACUACGACAAACUGGGCAGCAACGAUCCCAUCGGAAAGUGCUGGAUCGGAUACGGCGCUUCAGGUGUUGGGCUGCGCCACUGGUCGGACAUGCUGGCUAAUCCUAGACGGCCCGUGGCCCAGUGGCACACGCUGCAGCCUGAGGAGGAGGUGGACGCCGCUCUAAAGGCUCCCAUCCGCUAACACGCUCCCAAACACAGAGAGCACAUAACAGAUCAUGUGCAUGGAAAGGUUCUGUUUUCAUUACGAAAUAUAAAGAAUCAUUUUUAAAUUGAACAACUUGAACAGUCAUUUUUAGUGUUCUUUGGAUUUAUGAUGUCAUCGUUUCAGUCAUUUGUUCCUUUAGUAAUAAUUCACUUUUACAUCUCUUUGUAAAAAUCUUUGCACUGGUACAUAACAUACACGUGCACUAACACAGGUGCACACCACUACUACAUUACAGCUUAAAUGGCCCACAAAGUAUCAUCAAAAUGACACUUU